AUGUUAGAUAAUGAUUCUAAUGGAUGUUCUACUUUCUUCAGCGAUAAUACUCUUCAUAUUUCUCAAGGUUCUCUAGUAUCACUUGAAAGGGAGAAGGCCACAAUUGGACACACUGGCAGAGUCAUUAUGUACAGGCACUCACCUAUUAGGAACCCGAGAUCUAAGGGAAUCAAAGUUAAGCAUGUUCUGCAAAUUUGUUUGUUGCUUGCUGUUUUUAUUUGGUUAUUAUAUCAAGUCAAGCGUUCCCAUGACAAGAAGAAAGAAUUUGAUCAAAGCGAAGAAACCUCACUUAGCGGAGGAGCUAGCAAUGAAAUGUUAAAACUUGGAAGGAAAGAUAUCCACGAGAAAGAGGAGGAAACAGUUGUAAAGAAUGAAAAGCAUGAAGCAGAGGAAACCACCGGUGAAGAAGAAGAAGAUGAAGAAGAAAUAGAAGAGGAACGAGAAGACAAGAAAACUGAAGAAAACGAGGAUGAAGGGAUUGGAGGUGGAGAUGACCAGAUAGAUGAGAGUGAAGAAGAGAAAUCUGAAGCUGACAUCGAUCAAGGAGAUGAUUUUAUAGAUGAUGAGAAGGAGAGAGAUGAGGGUGAUGAGAAUGAAAGUGAAGAUGGAGAUUCUGAAGACAAUAAUGGUCAAGUGGAGAAGGGAAAUCCUUUAGAGGAGAGUGAUGAUGACAGAGAUUAUAGGAGUACACACGAGGCACGCGAGGAAAAUUACAAGGCUGAUGAUGCUUCUAGUGCAGUAACACAUGACAGCGAAAUACUUACUGAUGAAAAUGAGAAUGGAAGCUUGGGGAACUUAAAUGUGCGCACUGAAAAAAAUAUUUUAGAAGUAGAAAAAGAGGAGAAUAAUACUGAACAGAUCAAUUUGGGAGAAGACAAAACAGAGGUAGAAGCAGAAAGUAAUGAAAUCGCUAAAAGAGAGAAGCAGUCAAAUGUAAUUACCAAUAAGACAAAGGAGAAUGUAAUGGACAAUUCUGAGAGUGGAUUAUUUUCAAAUACUACAGUGACGGAAGGAUCCAUUGACCAUAUUGAAACAAUCAACAACUCCACACAGGUAAGUACAGAUGGUCAUGAUCUGUCCUUGCUGAAUGGAAGAGAAAUCGUGGUAGGGUUGAAUCGGGGUUUGGUUGAUGAUGGGAAUCAUAGUCAUUAUUCAAAAACUGGAACCGAGAAUGCAAAGUCAAAUCUAAAUGAAUUUCCUAAUUCAUCUAGUAAGACAGAAUCUGCAUCAGAAAAUAUCCUGAAAUCAGAGGCAUCUGUGGAAGCAGGGAAUACUACUGGGUCUUUAACAGUAAAGAAUGAUGCAACUGAGGCUAAGAAAUCCAAAAUCAGUGAAGAAUCAGGUGGAACAGAUGAUGUUUUAGAUUCGAGAAGCAAAAAUUACAAGAAUGUCCAGCACGAUCCCAUAGAUUCAUCUGAUUUGUACAUUCCCAUAGAGGAGAAAGUUAUACGCAUUCAUCUUGAUACUAUCCCUGAUAUACAAACUGAAGGAACCAAAAGUGAAGGGGCUACAGCAGAAUGA